UUCUAAUGCCUCUGUAAAUAUGGGCUUCAUUUCCAUUGCAGAGAGAGAGGGAGAUGCAUGCGCUUCCUAUGCAGCAGGGGUCGGCUUUGCCUUCGUAUGCAUUACACAUUAAAUCUUCUGUACAGCCCUACUUAGCAAGCAGGGUACAGUCUUCUAGUAAUGGCCAAAUGACUACAGCACAUUCCUACCAAACAGCCUCCCUGCUUCAGAUUCCUAAAUGAUUUAGCACCUCCUCUAUGUCCCUGCUGUAGCCAAUGCCACAGAUGCUGCUCAGCUGAAUCAACUGCUGAAUUCACAGAGAUCCAAGAACCUUCAACAUUCUGAGCAGAAGAAGAAGAAGAAGAAGAAGAAGAGGGGUGAGACACACAAGCAGUGUUAAGGACUCUGUCUUCAAGAAGCUUAUUCCAACUCCCCCAUCCCCUAAGCUUUAUGUUCAGCAUCAGAGAGCCAUGCAAAAAUGCAGUAACACAGCAGUCAGAGCAAGCAGAGACUAGGUGCUGAUGGAGAGCUUUGGUCUUGCAGCAAAGGAAGACUGGAUGACUGUGUUGAUGAUGACCCUGGUCCAUAUUUGAUUGGGUUGGUUUGGUUUUGGGGCAUCAGGGAUAUUUGCUGGGAUUUACCUGUGGUUUGAAGAUUCCCUGGAUUUGAUACGUUCUGAAUUCCCAGCUUGGAGGUAGCCAUGCCAUCUGCAGAACCCAACAGGUCAACUGUGGUCCAUGAGCCAGACCACUAGUGUUGUGUGGUCCUAUGCAUGACACCCAGGUGGCUGCGUACACUCCAAUGGGUCUGUGGUGCUGCUGAGCGGAGGAUGUUUUAUAAAAGGCUGUAAACCUGCAUUGGGGAAAACUAAUGGAUGAAACUGAAGGAACAUUUUAAGCCAUCCUAUCCAUAUAUUUAUAUAUUUCACCCACUGCUCCAUGUGACUUACAAAACUGAUACACAUAUGCAGUGAUUGAAGCAAAGCAAUCCCUUAGACAAGUUCUAAGGUGGAUCAAUACCUUGUCAAAUGGGUCCUGGGAGACAGAGUGGCUCGUAUUCCAUUAUCCAGGGGAAAAGCGGGAACAGGUGAGAGCCGCUCAUUCAAAUGCAAAGGCCUCUUGGUACAUGGGAAGCCCAGGUGGAAUUUAUGGCAGAACACGGGGUUUCAUCGUGUCGAUGAAUCAUGGGAAUGAGCUGUGACCAAGAGGAGGCCACAGGGAGACACGUCAGCGAAAGGGACUGGACUUUAUAACUAAAACCCAAAUCUCACCAGGAGCAAAAAAAAAAAAAACAUAAAAAACAAAAACCUGCCCCUAUAGACUACUGGAAAUCCUGAAGGACCAAACACAAACAAAUUAUGAAUGUUGAACAAGAUGACAUUACACCCACAGCAGAUGAUGAUAGGUCCUAGGUUCAACAGGGCACUAUUUGACCCCCUUUUUAUUGUGCUUUUGGCUCUCAAGCUUCUCGUGGUGGCCGGAUUAGUAAGGGCGCAGACCUGCCCUUCUGUAUGCUCCUGUAGUAACCAAUUCAGCAAGGUAAUUUGCACACGGAGGAAUCUAAGAGAGGUCCCAGAUGGUAUUUCUACCAACACAAGGCAGUUGAACCUCCACGAAAACCAGAUCCAAAUAAUCAAAGUAGACAGUUUCAAACACUUACGGCACUUAGAAGUUUUACAGUUGAGUAGGAAUCAUAUUAGGACGAUUGAAAUCGGAGCCUUCAAUGGCUUGGCAAACUUGAACACGUUGGAACUCUUUGACAACCGUCUGACCACUAUCCCCAAUGGAGCUUUCGAGUACUUGUCAAAGUUGAAGGAGCUUUGGUUGAGGAACAACCCAAUCGAAAGCAUUCCGUCCUACGCUUUUAAUCGUAUACCUUCCCUUCGCAGACUAGAUUUGGGAGAGAUGAAGAGGUUAUCAUAUAUUUCCGAAGGGGCAUUUGAAGGCCUUUCAAACUUAAAGUAUUUGAACCUCGGAAUGUGCAACUUAAGAGAAAUCCCCAACCUCACCCCUCUUGUAAAGCUAGAUGAGUUAGACCUUUCUGGGAAUCAUUUGUCUGUUCUCAGGCCAGGAUCUUUCCAAGGAUUAACGCAUCUACAAAAACUGUGGAUAAUGCAUUCCCAAAUUCAGGUGAUCGAAAGGAAUGCCUUUGAUGACCUUCAGUCAUUGGUGGAGUUGAAUUUGGCACACAAUAAUCUCACUCUGCUGCCUCACGAUCUUUUCACGCCUCUCCAUAACUUGCAAAGGAUUCAGUUGCACCACAAUCCUUGGAACUGCAAUUGCGACAUUCUCUGGCUUAGCUGGUGGCUCAAAGAAAUUGUUACCACUGGCAGCACGUGUUGUGCUCGUUGCAGCACACCUCCCAGCUUGAAAGGAACUCACAUCGCAGAACUGGACCAGAACUACUUUACGUGUUACGCCCCGGUGAUUUUGGAGCCGCCAACUGACCUGAAUGUCACAGAAGGGAUGGCCGCAGAGCUCAAAUGCAGAGCAUCAACAUCUUUGACUUACGUGAGCUGGAUUACUCCGAAUGGAUCCAUUAUCACCCAUGGGGCUUACAAAGUGCGCAUUAAUGUGCUCAACGAUGGCACCUUGAACUUUACAAAUGUGACAGCGCGUGAUACGGGCUUGUACACAUGCAUAGUGAGCAACUCCGCUGGGAACACCACUGCCUCGGCGACACUGAAUGUCACUGCCAGCGAUACUGGUUACACGUACUUUUCCACAGUCACUGUAGAGACUAUGGAACCAUCUCAGGAUGAGGCAAGGACCACAGAACACAACGUCGGCCCGACACCGGUCAUUGACUGGGAAACCACUAAUGCAACAACCUCUCUCAUGCCACAGAGCACAAGGUCCACGGAGAAAGCCUACACCAUCCCGGUCACGGAUGCAAACGGUGGGAUUCCAGGGAUCGACGAGGUUAUGAAGACCACCAAAAUUAUCAUUGGUUGUUUUGUGGCCAUCACGCUCAUGGCGGCUGUAAUGCUGGUCAUUUUUUACAAAAUGAGAAAACAGCAUCACCGGAAAAACCAUCACGCCCCUACGCGGACUGUUGAGAUUAUAAACGUGGAUGAUGAACUCACAGCUGAUACUCCUAUCGAGAGCCACUUGCCCAUGCCUGCAAUUGAACACGAGCAUCUAAAUCACUAUAACUCUUACAAGUCCCCUUUUAACCACACAACAGUGAACACAAUAAAUUCGAUACACGGCUCUGUGCAUGAACCUUUAUUGAUUAGAGCAAGCUCUAAAGACAAUGUUCAAGAAACUCAGAUCUGAUAGUCCGCUGUGCACCAGAUUAAGAGCAAAAACAGACAGUUUAUAAAAGGACAAAAAAAAAUAAUGACUGGGCUAAAUCUACUGUUUCCAAUAAAAAAGUGUCUUUACAAAAAAAAGAGAAAUAAUAAAAAAAAGAAAUUUAUUUAUUAAAAAUUCUAUUGUGAUCUAAAA